GCCAAGACGGGAGGGGGAAGCUUGGCCGGCUGCUCUCGCUCACCAGCGCUCCUCGAUCGCGCGCGUUCUCCCUCCAGAUCCGCUUCUUUGCGCAAGCCGAGGAGGUGAGAAGGAGUUGAGAGCGAGAGAGACGGAGCAACCCAAGAAGCGCCGGGCGCCCGAACUUAGCGGAAAUUUGGCCAGAGAAUGCUCCAAAAGUCCACGGUGGUGCUGCUGCUGCUGCUGGCGGUCGCCGCGUCUGCGUCCUACGAUGUCGAGCACAAUGAUUCGGUCAGCAGCCCCAGGAAGACCAGGCUGGCCGCCCAGAGCUCAGUGGAUGUGGUUCGAUGUUUAAACAAUGCCCUCCAGGUGGGCUGUGGGGCAUUCGCCUGCCUGGAGAACUCCACCUGCGACACAGGCGGCAUGUAUGAUAUCUGUAAAUCCUUUCUCUACAGCGCUGCUAAAUUUGACACUCAGGGGAAAGCCUUCGUCAAGAAGAGCUUGAAGUGCGUCGCUAACGGGAUCACUUCCAAGGUGUUCCUGGUCAUUCGAAGGUGCUCGACGUUCCAGCGGAUGAUAUCUGAGGUGCAGGAAGAAUGUUAUAGCAAGCUGGACAUUUGCAGCAUUGCUAAAAGGAAUCCAGAUGCCAUCACUGAAGUGGUCCACCUUCCCAACCACUUCUCAAACAGGUAUUACAACAAGCUUCUGAGAAGCUUAUUGGAAUGUGACGAAGAGACGGUGGGGAUCAUAAAGGACAGCUUGAUCUCCAAAAUCGGACCCAACAUGGCCAGCCUUUUCCACCUCCUCCAGACAGACCACUGUGCUCAGAUUCAUCCGAGAGCAGACUUCAGCCGGAGACGUAUCACCGAGCCGCAGAAGUUAAACAUCUAUUUCAGGAGCCUCCGGGGGGAGGAGCCGGCUCCGUCUCUUACAAAACGUCCUUCUUCAGAAACUGUCUAGUGUUCCGUGAAAGAGUAGGGAAUCCGAGCUCUACCAAAGUAGGAAAUUAUUCCACCCACCCACCCAACCCCCUGCACCUUCACAUUUGCUAGACACCAGAAAUGUACUGUAACUGAUUUUGAAAGUACGCUGAGCCAAUCUACACAUCCGAGGGAAACAAAACUAAAGCAUGUAGGAUAGGCUUGCUGGGACUGUAUCACGGAGAUUAUACCACUUCAGCCGGCAGCUGGGGGAACCAGGUAAUGACGUGAUCCUGUUUAACAACAGGCGCACUUAGCUAAGGAUAUAUAUUAUAAAACCCAGGAUAUCUAAGCGAUCUCCACUAGAAGGACAUUCUUCGGUGACAUCAAUGAUGGGGUGGUUUUUGAACACUCUUUUUUCUUCCAUCGGCCAUGCAAUCCUCUCUAUGAAGUGGUACAGUUCAAGGAAGUCUAUACCACAUGCUUGCUGGGGAUGAAUGUAUAGACUGGUCCUUGGAAACCGAUUUUAGAGAAGCUUUGUUUCCCAUUUUGGCGUGUCCCUGCCCCUCUUCGAACAAGCUGCAUGGAAUGAAAUCUCUGGUUAAGGAGGGGGAUCCCUUCAUGCCCCGUCUUCCUGGCAUGAAAGCCUCCCCUCCACGGUUUCUCGGUCUCUCCUCCCUCCCAAGAAAUCCAGUGAACCUGCAGCUUUCCAUGAAAGCAAUCUGUAACAGCAUUUCUUCACCAAACAACAACCUUUCUCUAUACUGCAGCUCAAACACCUUUGUGAUGUGACAAGGGCAGAAACAUCUGGUGUAGACCUAGUUCUGCUAGUAGUCAGUAGGGAGACUGAUCACGAUGGCAGGUCCCAAGAAAAUGCAUCUGUUGCACAUCAUCUUGAUGUCAGGGGAACUCAUUACAAGUGGUAGGUGGACAUCAAAUAUGAAUGUCAUAUAUAGACUUGGGGUCUUGGUGUAGUGAUUUUAAUUUUGCCCAGACUGAGAUUCUCCUAAAUAUCUGUUGCAGACCAAAACAGACAUAGCACGGUAAAAUGAGACUAUGAUUUCAUGAUGGUCCCUGUAGUGUGUAGAUCUUGCCCGCGCAAGGUCCAGAUCUUUGAAAAGUUCCUUUUUAGGAUGAUGAGGUCUAGCAUCCCUCACCCAGUGCAGCCACUGUCCCCGCUGAGUGGAGUAUUCUGGGAGUGGCAAAUCAGAAAGGAAUUCUAUUUUACAGAAUACAAAUGCAGGAGUAGGCAAUACCUUUAUAGAACCCCUAAAAAUAUCAUCAGACAAUAUGCAAGCUUUUGUGGAUCAGGACCACUUCGUCAGGCUUGUGACCAGAUGUGGCCACACUGAUACAAGCCUGAUGAAGUAGUCUUGAUCCAUGAAAAGUCAGCUAUUAUAUGAUGAUUUUUUUUGUAUAUGCACUCCUCACUUAACGACUGAGUUCCAUUCUUAUGACUAGGUCAUAAAGCAAACUGAUAAGCAAGGAGCAAUAAUAGUGUAUAAAGGAGUAAUACAUCAUGUGCUGUUGAGAAGGGGCAUGACAAAGACAAAAGCAUGGGUUUAAGAGGGUCGUAAAGGGUCAUAAAUCCAAGCAGUCUUUAAACAGGUAGGUUGUUAAGUGAGGGGUGCCUGUCAUGGUCCAUAAAGGUAUGAUCUACUCUUGCAUUAGUAUUUUGUAUUGACCACACGGUUCUCUUUUAUUUCAACUGUUUUACAGAUGCUCCCCCUUCCAUCCAUCCAUUUUGAAGGGAGACCAUCUAGAACUGAGCCUAAAUUUCUCAGAAGAGAUUUAUUGAAAAUAAAAAUUCCCAGCUGCUUCCCCCUUCCUUCCACUUGGCCACAUAUUCUCCUCAGAAGCCCCGUUUUGGCAGUAGCUGCCAUCCUCCCACCCACCCACCGCCCACACACAAAAUACUCUGGAAUAUUGCUGUAUCAAGGGUUCUGUGGGGUAGCAAAAUACUACUAGGGGUGUCACCCCCAAUUGUUGCUCCUUCACAGCUCCUCCUUUUGACCACGGUACUCUCUUUGGUAGGAUUAAGUACGUCCGAGAGGAACCUUCCAGAAUCUGGUGCCCUGCAGAGGGGAUGUGCUUCCAUUAAGUCAUGCUGGUGAGGAGGAUGGGAGCUGUAGUCAAACCCAUCUGAAGGGCACCAACCAGGUUGGUUGGGGGGGGAAGCAACCCUCUCAUCCGUAGGUGACUGGCUUGUGGGAGGUUCAUGCAAGGUUUCAGAAGAAGCGAAAUUCCCGUAUGUACUGUAUCUCCAUUCAAAGCCACUUAAGGAAUCUUGAGCAAAAAAAGGGAAGCAAAAAUAAAUGAGAACAGCAUCUCUGGCCUUGCUCUGUGGUAUGCACAGUGCAAUCUCGUGUGCUGUGCAUGAUUUCCAGCAGGUGGUGGUGGGUUUUUGGUGUUUUUUUUUAAGCAGCAUAGCAUAACUUUGUAGCUUAUGCAUCAAAUCCGCUAACUUCAGCAUUAGAUUGUUUGUUGUGUUUUCCUGGACAACGGUAGCUUUAGUUUAAAAAAAGAAAAUAACUCUUUCCCUUAAUAGCAUGAUUAAGGUAUGCGUGAGGAACCCGCACAAUGUGUGAUUGGUUUCCACCUCUCAUCCUUUCUGACAGUGAUUUCUGCUGGAUGGGGAAUAUGGGUGUGGUUAAGCCAAAGCACAGAGGCCGCCCUUGCCUACAAGGAACCAACCCCAUUGAACACACAGUGGCGUUGAUUUUGGAGUAAAGCAUGUUCUGGGCUGGGUGUGAAUGCAGCCCCACUUUAGAAGGUGAUGUUAACCUUUUAGAAGGACAGGGGGUUGAAGAAGACAGCUCUUUUGACAGUGAUCCGAUGCCUUACCCUUACAGCCAGCUGGGACCAACAGCUCAAUAUGAGAAUAAUAAGAUAUGGCUGCAUAAAAUGGAGCCAUGCAUGCUAUGUCUUUUAGUGAUGUUGGACUGGAACUCCCAGAGUCUCUAACCAUUGGCUGUACUGGUCAGGGCUGAUGGAAGUGACCUCAUGCCAUGCCAGAAACAGGUUAUCCACUGAUAGCCUAUUGUUAGAGUGAGGCCACCGUGGCCAGUCUAGGCACUGGGUCCAUUCCUUUGCUUUUCCUCCCACCUCUUACCUUAAUGGAUGAUAUCCACCUGCUUUUGCAAAAUCCAAGCAACCAAACCCCCAAAAAAUGUUUCUGCUGGUUUUCUUAAAAUGCUGUUUGGGAAGCUGAUGGGAGGGGAGCAUUUCUGUGGCCUAAAAGUAGUUGCAAUAUCCAACUGAAGGUCACUUUAACUAUAUAUGCACACUGGGUUUGAUCAGUGGUUCCCAGUCUUGGUUCCCCAGAUGUUCUUGGAUUAAAAGUCCCACUAGCUUUUACCACUAGCUGUG